UGCGUGUCGUCCGACCAUUGACCUAUCAGCCAAUGACACAUGUUUUAGGAUCAUUUAAAUAUCAAGCAACGACACGUAGCUGAACUCGCUAUCAGCUCAUUUCUCAAGUGGCUAAAGUUCUGUCGGAGAAAAUGGUAUCUAAAGUUGUUGUGCUAGGUGUCUUCGCCUGUUUACUGGCUCAAGCUGUUGCUCGUAUUGUUGAUGAUGAUUCAGACAAUGCGAGUUAUGAUGAUGAUGAUGAUGAUGAUGAGGAUGAUGAUUUUGAUGAUGUAAGUAAAAAGGGCAAUCAUAAAGAAAGUAAAAAGUACAGCAAAAAAGAAAGUACAAAGGACAAAAAACAAGAAAGUAAAAAGGGCAGAAAAGAAGAAACUGAAGAAGACAGUAAUGAAGAAACUGAAGAAGACAGUAAUCAAGAAACUGAAGAAGACAGUAAUCAAGAAACUGAAGAAGACAGUAAUGAAGAAACUGAAGAAGACAGUAAUGAAGAAACUGAAGAAGACAGUAAUAAAGGCAGUGACUAUGACAGUGAUUACGAUCCAUCAGAAGAGAGCAGAGAAGAUGAGGACUGCGAGGUGAAUGGCAAGAAACACAAGAACGGGGACAUCUUCACGACAAAGGAAUCCAAGUGUAUCAAGUACAAGUGUGAAGACGGUGAUGUCAGCAUCGAGGAAGAGGGCUGUGAGCACCAGGACAAAUGCUACAAAGUAAACAGCAAGUUUGAAAAAGAUUGUGUCUCGUACAGUUGUGUCAAAUCGGAGAAAGGCGACGCCACGUAUUUUUCUGUCAAAGUUCAGAGCAUACGUUGCAAGGACAGCACAGGAAAAUGUUGGAAGGGCGGAGAAAAAUUCAAAAACGAAAUCAAAGGUGUCAAGUACAAGAACUGUGUGUGCAACGUUAUUGGGAAAAUGGCAAGCAUUUCCUGCAAGAAAAGUUAACGUUCUGUGCGAACCAAGUUUUGUGGAGAUGAUAAUUUCAGGCUGCCUGUUGGAAAAAAAAACUUUGAUUAAAUUCUUCCCAAUCGUUGAAUAAUAAUGCUUUUGAA